GCUCACCCCCAGUCACAACAAACAUGGCGGCGAGUAGUGAGGAGAAAGGUCUGCUGGGCGCAGCUAAUAAACCCCACAGACGCUACGGCAGUACCUCAGUCAACAUGAAGAAGCCGGAGAACGUGAUCAGGCACCGGGUGUCGAAGCAGGAUACGUUACAGGGCAUCGCGCUCAGAUAUGGCGUCACGAUGGAAGCCUUAAAACAGCACAAUAAAUUGUGGUCAAUAGAGGCAAUGUUUCUUCAUGAUUACCUUGAAGUUCCUGUAAGUCGAGCAGUUUACGAAGCAGUUACUGGGUCAGCCGAAUCUCCAGAGUCUCCGACGGCACACUUCAAUGGUUCAGACAGAAGUUCUGAUACCAGCAGUUCACCUAGUAGUACUCCGAAGGUGAGCCGAUCACCAUCAACAUCCAGUGGUCUGCAUGACUGCUCUGAAACCAGCCCAAAUGACUUCCUAUCCAAGAUAGACUCUAACAUCGCCCUCAUGAAAUCCAGUAUCGAGAGAAUGGAGACACAUGCAUACCCAAUGGUGGACAGAAUGGAGGUGGAUGACUCUGGAUGUAGUAAUAGCCGACGGUCUUACCAUUCUAAGGUACGUGACAACAUUUAUCAAAAUGGAUGGCAUGAUCCUACAGCUGCACCUCACCCAGUUGUCACCCAGGGGCGCACCAUAACGAUGUCUCUUAAAAGACUACUACGAGAACACGAGGAAUUAUAUGAAUUAUAGCAGUUUUGUGCUAACUUUCUAGUACUGUAAUUGUAUUUGGCCAUAAACAGGAUGGGAUAAAAGCAGCUAUUUCUCAAGAUAGAGUGAUUGUAUUGUACUACAUGUGGCCGUAGCAUUGUCCAGAUUUAUGUAUAAGUAUGUUGUUACGAGCGAUGGAAUGAAAGAAUGAAUGAACUUGCUCCCCCUAUUAUUAGGAAAUUGUAUAUAAUAUUAUAAACACUGAAAUGUGAUUAUGAAUAACUAUAUAUAAAUAUAUAUAAAUAUAUUACGUGUGAGUGUGUGUAUUUAACAAAAUUAUAUGUGAUAUAUUAAGUGAUACUGUAUCUUGAAGUGGUUUAGUUGAUAAAGUCCAAUAAUAUGGCUUAACAUUUGUAUGAAAUAUACUCACUAUCCCAUAAAGCAGUAUUUAUGUUGAAGUUACAAAGCAAGUGUAUGAAUUUGUAGUACGAAUAAAAGAUGAAUAUUGUUAUUUUAAUUAAUUUUAUUUGAAGUGUUAGCCAAGUUUGAAAAAGUUGUGUAUUACCCAACACAUCAUAAGAUAUUGAAACCUGCCAGCUACAUAAGUGUAUACUUGUAACCCUAUAUUUUGCUAGUAUUUAAUGGAAUUCUGUUCUUAAUUUUUGUUUUAGGUAGAAAUUUCAGACAGUAUCAUCUUUAGAAAGUUGUACUAAACAUAACUUCAUGGACAAAAUUCGUGAACUUAAAAUAGCCAAAGAGCAAUCAAUGUCUUUAAUGCACAUUUGAUAUAGAACCAAAGGCAGUUUAGUUUCAUCUUAAAAAAAAUGUUGAUACAUUUUCAGUAGUGUACAUCAAAGGGGUGGGUGAUGUAUUAUUAGAUACAGUACUUGUAUUGCAAGCGAUGAGUCACAGUAACGUGGCUAAAGUGUGUGGUCUGGUCACCAGUACUUGUAUUAAUCAUAAAUAGCAUUCAUGAUACUGGUAAUUCUCCAAGUGCACUGAGACUGCAUACAAAUGGGUGAUAGGCUUAUCCGUAUUCUUCAGUGUGUUACUACAUUCCAUUUAACUGUUUUACUGUCUGUAUGUGCAGUCUCUCUUCUUGGUGCUACACCAAUGUGAGAGAUGCAUUUUGAAUGCUUGCAACCUCAUUAAUAGAAUUAGUUUUUAGUGCCUUUCGUUGCUGUACAAGUCCUUAAUGUUUGAAUUUCGGUAUAAAGAAACUGACAUUAGAAUUAAUAUUGACUAAUUUGUAGUGUCUACUAUCAUUUCUUGCCUUAAUUACAUUACUGUGGAACAUGGCAUGAUCAUACUGCGACUUGACACUGAAGGACUAACCACUGCCACUGUGCCAAACUACUUGUUCUUCAAAGCAGCCAGAUGGAACGAUUCAGGAAUCCCUAACUGGAUUCUUCCCAUGCAUAUUUAUAUGUUGAUACGCCUGUAUGAAAUGUUGCAGCUCAGUAGAUUUCAUAGUUGAAUGAAGUGACUUGGAUUUAUACCUCGCUGGCUCCGGUGACUCCUGAAAGUAACACCAUGAUAGAAUUUUGAUAUUUCUUAUUCAUAAGGAAUAAUGCUGUCCUUGUGGCCUGUGUCCCUGUGGUAUUAAUUUUUUUCAAACAUAAAUACCUCUGCUGCUGUUUAAUUUGUCUGCACUCUACCUGAAUAUGCAGCUACCAUAAGACGGCUGGUUUCAGUUCAAUUUUUGUUUUCUUAAACUUCCCUAAUCUCUUUGGCAUAUCUUAAUCAUACAAAAUGCUUAAGUUUUCUCAUUAAUCUAAGAGGAUAAUCUUGUAUUGGGACAUAUCAACCUACAGAAUAAUUCUUCAACCUUUUUAAAUGUGGCUGCACCGCUCUUAUAAUAAGCUUUGGCUUGCACUGGCCAACGUGUUUGGAACCAUAUCUGCCCGAUUCAUCGUCCUUCAAGUACAUAUUAUGUACAUUUAUUAUUUGUGUGUAAGGGAUAUACGUAAUGUUAAAUAUAUAAAUGUAAAUAUGUAAGCAUGCCUAUUAUUAAUGUCAUAAGGUAAUUUGUUCAUUGUUGUGAACAUUACAAAGAAAUUAAUUUGAAUUGACUAAAGAAAAGGUGGAGCUCAUUAACCAAACUUACUUUGAAUGUAAUAUAUGUACUAUGUAAUUAUAAAUUAAUACUUUAAAUUUUGUAUUAUGCUUAUCUGAAAGUCUUUGUAUAUGCUGCUAAUAAAAAAAUAUUGAUAUACAGUAGUUAAUCAAAACGUUUUUCAAUAAAUGCUUGUUUCCCGAAUCAGAGCCAAAAAUGAUACCACUAUAUUAUAUACCAUCUAAAUUUGAAUGAAAUUAACUUGAUGAGAGUAGACUAAUUUUGUAAUUAAUGUUUUGCCUUAGAGACAUAAUGUUAGCUACAAUAGUUUGGCAUUUCUCUGCAUUAUUGUCAGCUGUGUUUCCCCUUUGGUAUAUCCAAUUUUCUAAAUUUUAUGCCAUUUUGUGGUCAUGAUUGUAUAGUUUACUAUGUUGUAUAAUCUUCCAGACUUGGCAACUCUUUUUGACAAUUAUUUACUGUAUGUUCUUUUUUUUAUUAGCAUCAGUGAUAGAGCAUGUAUUUGCACACAUUGUAUAUGCCUAUCUUGAAAACCCUAUUGUAAAUUUGAAAUACAAUUAAUCGGUAAGAUUUUCCCAUAUAGCCCCAUUAUGUUACCUGAUAUGCCUUUCAAUGGAAUUUUUGUCCGGUCUGCUAAGCCUUCACUUGGCAACACAACACAAAGUAUUGUACAGUAUGUCUUUCCUCUCUUGCUGUUAUGUCUUGAUUUAUUUUGUUAUCUUUAUUAGCUUUAUCAUUUUGUGCUUUACUGCCUCAUUGUGUGUGUUUCCCUGACUGAAUGUAAUGCAGCCUUAGGUGCUGGCAGGCCCCAAUAUAUGUGAUGCACAUGUAGGUUACCUUGUGAUGAUUUCGGGGCUUAGCGUUCCUGUGGCCCGGUCAUUGCCCAGGCCUCCUGGUUGCUGGACUGGUCAACCAGGCCUGUGAAUACUAAGGGUUGAGGACAUGAUGACUGAAUGUCAUCGCCAUUUAAUUGGUGUAAAUGCAUGCAUUCUGGCAUGCUCAUUCACCUGUUCAAUCUACAUAAAUUAAUUAUCACUUUUGCACAGAACAGUACUCGUAUUCCUACACAUUUAUGCACACAUUCAAACGUUACCUGACAUGCACUCCCACACACAGUUGUACAAGAUUUUCCGGUACACUAAAAUACUGGUACAGUACUGUACUUAAUCAUCACUUUUUGUUUUUAGGACAAAUUGUAUUUUUGCACCAUUAUUUUUUAGGCAGAAAUUUGUUUAAAAUUAGACAAUAUUAUUAGUUUGAAGAUUAUUAGUUUGAAAAAGAUAUCUUUUCCUCAUUAUAAAUUGGUUUAAAAUCUUAAAUUAAAUUGUUAUUCUGGUUCAGUAUGAAUGCAAUGUGUGUAAACAUUUCAUAUACAGUACCAGUACAAUUUUGUACAAUAGACCCUUGGAAAUCUUUAUAUCAAUAAUCUGGAAACCUUAAAUAUUUUCACAAAUUUGGCAUGCUUAAUACAGCUUGAACACUUAGAUCAGAACCUGGACUUGAGUACUGUAUCUAAAUAGACCAGACAAACUCAACAUAAGAAUACUGUACCAGCAAAUCGUAUGUUGCUGAAAUAUUUAUUAUUACAUGUAUAGAGCUUUAGUAGUUAUUUAAAAAACUUUAUUUUUUAUAAAGAGGUGCAAUUGUGGGGAUCCAUAACCUCAGAAGGAAAUAAAGAGCAUUCAGAGAAAA